AUGUCGAACAACACAAAGAGAAGUACGAUUAAUAAGAAAGAAGAUGGAGGUUAUUCGUAUACAUAUGAACACUCGAUUGUUUACAAGUGGGAAAUAAAUAAAAUUGAAUCAUUUCUCGAGUCUGCCAAGAGUUCAACAGGGAUGCAUGAUUUAGAUUCUCCAGAGUUUUCGGCGGAUGCUAAGAUAAAAGAUUCAUGGUUUUUAAAACUUCGAAUUCAAAAAGAUGAUGACUCAUCAGAAAAUAAGUCGUGGCUGGCCAUAUAUUUAUUUCCAAAAAAUGGAGAUCGAAAAGUCCAAGCGAAGUAUUUGAUAUUUAUGUUAAAUAAAGAGAAGGAAAAAAUAAUGGAUGGAUUGAUCUAUAAUCAAUCACUUCAUGGUUAUCUUUGGAAUAACUUCGUUUUUGACGUCCCAAAUUCAGGGCGUGGUUAUGCUAGGUUUGCAAAUAUAAAUAAGUUGUUGUUAAACAAAAAUAACUUAUUACCAAAUGAUACACUGACAGUUUGUGUUGAAUUAAUUGUUUAUGAUGAAUACAUUACAGUCAAAAAUCCAAAUAAUUUAUUAGAAGGUUCCAAGCGAAAGUUAAGCGACGAUUUUAAAGAACUUUUUGAAACUAAAAAGAAAUGUGAUGUCACUAUUAAAGUCGGUGGCAAGGAAUUUUGUGCUCAUAAAGUGAUUUUGAUUGCUCGCAGCAGCGUAUUUGAGGCUAUGUUUUCACAUGAUAUGAAAGAGAACAAAGAAAAUGAAGUAACGAUACCUGACAUUGAUCCUGAAGUUUUCAAAAAAGUGCUCGAUUACAUUUACACUGACAGAGUUGAUGACUUGAUCAGUUUUGCAGAAAAACUAUUGGAAGCGGCUGACAAGUAUCAGCUACAAGGACUCAAAAACUUGUGCGAAUGUUCUCUAUCUAAAACUUUGACUCCUGGAAAUGCUGUUAAAAUUUUAAUUUUGGCAGACCGUCAUUAUGCAAAACCAUUGAAGGAAUUCGCAAUCGAUUUUAUUACUAACAAUUGGGUCAAGUUUAAAAAUACUGAAGAGAUCAAAGAAUUGGAAAAGGCUGAUGCGUCUCUUGCAUGUUCUGUACUGAGAAAAGUUGCUGAUAGAGUUCAAAAUUAG